AUGAAGUGGGCAGGAAAGACUGGAAAAGCUGCUAAAAUGAAGGAUAAAGGAGACAUUGAGAAAAAUCACACAAAGCAUCAAAAAUUCAUUAACCAGAAGAAUGCAAGCUGCCGAAGUUGUACCCUGUAUUCCAAACUAGGAACGGAUACUUACUGUGACCGUUUUGUCAAAAAGAAGAUAAAUCAGGAAAAUAUGGAGUGUCAUCCCAAGUAUGACUCCAUUUGCUUGGAAAGCGUGAAGUAUUCCUGCAAGGAACUGAUGGAGGAUACGAACAGCCAGUGUCCGGGGCUCACUGGCCUGAGGAAUCUGGGCAACACAUGCUACAUGAACGCAAUUUUGCAGUGCCUCUGCAGCGUGCCACCGCUCGUGGAGUAUUUCCUCUCAGGAAAGUACAAAGCAGCCCUACAGAAGGACAUUAGCGAGUCUGUGACUGCCUUUGGCUGUCUGAUGUCCGAUAUGUGGCUUGGAGAGUUCAACUGUGUUUCCCCGGAGGGUUUUCAUUCAGUGCUAGAGAAGCAGUACCCAACUUUCAGCAGGAGGACUCAGCAGGACGCACAGGAGUUUCUGAUCUGCGUGCUGAAUGAGCUCCACGAGGCUCUCAAGAAGUCAAGCAAAAGAUGUGUAACUGAUGCAAAAGCAAGCAGAGGGAGUGUCAGUGAAACAUCUAUUAUCACACAGUUAUUUGAGGGACAACUCAGUUACGGUAUCACGUGUCUGGAAUGCAAGACCACCACCGAUAGACCUGAGAGCUUCACCGUUCUUUCCCUGCCCAUCCCUUCCAAGAGGCCGUGCUCUCUGCAGGACUGUCUCAAAUGCUUCUUUCAGCAAGACACGCUGACUUGGAACAACCAAAUCCACUGUUCCUUGUGUGGAACCAAACAAGAUGCUGCAGUAAAGUGCACCAUAACCAAGGCACCGCAGAUCAUUAUUUUUCACCUAAAGAGGUUUGAAUGGCAAGGCAAACACAAACGGAAACUCUCAACUGACAUCUGCUACCCCGUCAGCAGCCUGGAUCUCUCUCCUUACAGUUCCCCCCUUUGCUGCCAGGACACAGAGUACAGCCUGUGUGCUGUUGUGAACCACUCUGGUUUUCUGGAUGAUGGCCACUACACGGCGUUCUGCAAGCACUCAGUCACCAAAAACUGGUACAGCUUUGAUGAUGCACAGAUCACCAAGAUCCCAAAUUCCUCCGUGCAGACUGACAGAGCUUAUCUCCUAUUCUAUACCUGUCAAGGCCUUCUCUGGACCCAUUAAAAAUUUGCUAGCUAUGGAAAAUGAACAGUGAGUAGGCCAGCAAUUAGAAUUCAUAGGCAGCAUCAGCCAAGUCCCGUUUCAUCAAUAAACUAGAGCAUCUGCAUUACCGAUCAUCUGUUGUGGUCUUUCAGGAAGUAAGUUCUAGAGAGAGGUUACAGCUUCCAAGCCUAUUAAGGACCAUGCA